UUUAGUUCUUCAGAGGCAUUGUGUUUAACCUCAUUCGUAGCUUUUCCUGGCGGGCUGGUUGUCACCUUGGGGAUUGCGUUAUACAUGAUUACCGUACGAUAGUUUGGCCGGGUCGAUGUUAGAAAACCGUGGAACUUUGGACUCGCCGUCUGGCGAGCAAAAUAUUUUGAAGAAAGAUGUGUCCGACCUGAUGGCAGAUGCACGUAAAUCGAGAAAGGCGGUCUUUAGACGAACAAUCGACUAUAAUGCUUCUGCUAUCAACUACCUUCAAAAUAGGAUUUGGGUCAGUAGGGACAUAGACCGUCCGAUGCUUCAGCCAGAUUAUUUGUGGAGUCCUAAGGUGAUUGUUAUUUAUAAUCAUUUCUAUUUAUCAGUUGUGUCCUCCGAGGAGUUAUAUGGACUCUCCCAUGAAUUGCGUCAUGUCAAAGCCUGUUCGUACAUCUACUAACAAAAAUAAAUGCCCCAUAUAUUGUGUUUGCUGGACACCUGAAGGAAGAAGGUUAAUAACGGGAGCUUUCAGUGGUGAAUUUACGUUGUGGAACGGUUUGACAUUCAAUUUUGAGACAAUUUUACAGGCUCAUGAAUCACAAAUCCGUUGUAUGAAAUGGUCUCACAACGAGGAAUGGUUACUAACGGCUGAUCAUUCUGGAUAUGUAAAGUAUUGGCAAGCUAAUAUGAACAACGUUGAAAUGUAUCAAGCGCACAAGGAACCAAUUCGUGGCGUAAGUUUCUGCCCAUUCGACAAUAAAUUCGUAACCUGCAGUGAUGAUUCUACCGUACGUAUUUGGGAUUUUCAUCGUUGUGCUGAGGAGCGCGUGCUCCGAGGUCACGGAUCUGAUGUUCGUAGUGUAGCAUGGCACCCUGUCCUUUCUCUUAUAAUAUCUGGCAGCAAAGAUGCACAACAACCUAUCAAAUUAUGGGAUCCUAAGACAGGUGAAUCUGUAUCGACAUUAUAUGUCCAUAAAAAUACAUGUACAGAUGUUUCUUGGAACGACAAUGGCAACUGGUUCCUAACUGCAUCCAGGGAUCAUUUGAUUAAAUUGUUUGAUCUACGCAAUCUUAAAUCAGAGUUACAAACUUUUCGGGGUCAUAAACGUGAUGUUAUGCGUGUUGCAUGGCAUCCAUUUCAUGAAUGCCUGUUUGUGAGCGGUAGUGCUGACGGCGCUAUUUUUUACUGGCUCGCAGGAACGGAUACUGAGCUUGGAGCUGUAGACAAUGCUCAUGAAAGCAUGAUUUGGAGUCUUGCUUGGCAUCCGUUUGGACAUAUUUUAGUAUCUGGAGCAAAUGAUUUCGCCACAAAAUUCUGGACGCGCAAUCGCCCAGGUGAUGUUCUCAAAGAUACGGUUAGUGCGGUUGGUUCAGACAACCUCGUUCAAACGGCGGGUGCAGCAAAUUCAUUAGCUAACACAUAUUCCUUUGGAGACCCAGAAAUAAUUGAUAAUUCAUUUAAUAUUGACCUGCUUAAACUGGUUACGGAGCCACCGAUCUCCUCCAACCGGAUCGAUACUCUUGAUGAUUUGGCAUUUUCUACUAAUCCAGAUGACUUAAGCACAACUGAGAUACCCGGACUCAAUGAAGGACCGGUAACUGAUUUAAACAUAACGGAUACUGAUGAUCCGGAAGAGCGUGAAAAAAAUAAACUCCGCAGUUCUAGGACUAUCCCCAAAGAAUUUGCCGCCAAUUGGGCAAGUACACGUAUCACAGCAAUGCCAACUGUAAUGAUACCCACACCUAGUCCAUCAGUGAUAGCUGCCGCAGCUGCAGCAGCGGCUGCCGCUGUCAGUAAUCUGAAUGCAACGCCGCAGUAUUUGCCUCCAGUUAAACCACCUGCUUUAAAUAAAGAGAGGCUAGUGCAAAAGCCUGCUCCAAUCAACCCUUCAGAACCCGAAGUUACAGUAGAUCAAAUUCAAGAUAGAGGUUUGUGUAAGACCAACCAGAUACCCUUCGUUGAACAACCAACUAGUGAAGUAAACAACGGCAUUCCCAAUCAUCAGUAUGAUCAACCACCUUUCACAGAACCGCUUCCACCGAGAGGUUUGGAACAUGCACCAAUUCCUGAACAUAAUGUAGAUAUCAGAAAUAAUAUGAACUCAUUAGACUGGGAUCAACGAAAUGAUGAACACCCCCCGCAAGCUGAGCACAACGCACCUUUACAAGCAGAACAACCAAAUAAUCUAUAUCGCGAGCCUUUCAGUGGGCCUCCACAACCGUAUAACGACCAGGAUCAUUUCAUAGAACCGAAGCCAUUUCCUAGACACAGAGAAGACAGGGAUUACAGAGAUCACGAACACAGCGAGCAGUUUAAUCGGUCGUUCCCUGAAAAUGAUCAUUACUAUAAUGGACCUCCUGGUGGCUUCAACAGUGGGCCAUCACAUGGUCAUCACAAUCGUAAUACAAUUCCUAACGAUCAAACGCAUUCAGAACGAGGUCGACCAUUUUCUCCUACUAUGGAAAAAUAUCCGUACGAUCGAAGGGGAGACCGUCCUCCACCAAUGAGGCAGAAUUAUGACGAAGAUAACUGGGGUAGAAGAUGGUUGGAUAAUAGGAACACUCCUGAUCGGUUCGACUAUCCUCAGGGUCCACCUAGACGUCCUCCACGAGAACCAAGGCCGCCGCAUCCAGAUUUUUAUCCUGACCCUCGGCAUCCACUCCCCCCGAAUUUUAUCCCUCCACAUAAGCGUCCACCCCCAAUGGCACCUGGUAGUCAACCGCCUGAUCAUAUGAGGAAAUAUCCUCGACAAGACCCUUCUCGAAGCAAACCACCAUGGAGUGGAUAUAAUCGAUGGUAACCCAGAAUUAUACAGUUCCUGUACAGUCUGAAUAGCAUAGAUGCUGUUCUUCCCCUGUUACAUUUUUACACUCAAUAAAUGCUUUAUACAUAUUACAUUUAUGUACCGUCAGUGGGACUGUUAACAUACACUUAUAAUCCUCACUAGUACUGCGUACACGAGCUGUAAUGCAUUAUUUUUUUAAUGUCAGCGUAAUUAAUUUUUUCACCAACAACAGUAAAAAAAUAACAAGCAUAGUUUGCAAA